GGGAGUGGCCAGAUAAACGCAAAACCGCAUGCUGUUGGGCUCACUCAUUCACAAAACCGCACGAGGGGUAGGACUGGUUGUGGGCCUUGCACUGAGCAGUAGCUGUUUACCGUCGACGUUACAUUUGACGGAGGGGGGACCGGAGGCGAAACAGUCGAUUUUUUUCUUUACUCCCCUCCUUGCGUCGCGCAAGUGUAAAAAUCCCCGUCUUGCCUUAUCCUCUGAAAAACAACACACAAUUAAGCUUGAUGCAUUUGCCCGCAGAUUUGAACGGUUUUAAACCGUUCACAGAGUCGCCUCUCUCCAUGGCCAGCGAGUGCCUGCCCGGCGAGAGGACACUGGACAGUGUACUGAAGGAGCACGCAGGGGAGCUCAUCAACACAGGAAGCCCCAACUUUGUCUGCACGGUGCUACCCACACACUGGCGAUCCAACAAAACCCUGCCAGUCACCUUUAAGGUGGUUUGCCUGGGAGAAGUCAAAGAUGGCACGAAAGUCUCUAUCACUGCCGGCAACGACGAGAACUAUUGCUCGGAGAUUCGAAAUUCUGUGGCCUACAUGAAAAACAGGGUUGCCAAGUUCAACGAUCUACGCUUCGUUGGUCGCAGUGGGAGAGGAAAGAGCUUCACUUUGUCCAUCGCUGUGUACACAAACCCCCCUCAGAUGGCGCUGUACCAGAAGGCCAUCAAGGUGACAGUGGAUGGACCAAGAGAGCCCAGGAGCAAGACCAGCCACGGCCUUUUUGCUCCAGAACUGCGGACAGACGACCGCCACAUCCAUCACCAUCACCACCGCCACACCCACCGCCACAUGCCCCUCGAAAUCCCUCUGGAGCCGUCGCCACUGCCAGACCCUCUACGGGAGCGUCAUCUGUCUCACUACGCGGAGCUGGAGCGACUGCGGCGCCGCGCGGCAUCGCACGGGUCAGAGUUGGAGGCCAGGUCGUCGGCGCACCUGUCGGAGCUUGAGCGUCUGAGGCGGAUUCCCGCCCACGCCACGUCGGACGUGGAGGGUCGCAACCCGGCCAUCACAGACACCAACGGUCACAAGACACCUUCAGAAUCUCUUGUGAUGCAUCUGGAUGGAUCCGCGAGACGGUGGUGUCCCUCUGGGUUUGAACCAGCGCCCUAUGGCAAGGAGGUACUUUAUACGACAGUUACAUCAGAAGGCAGUCCUCUGAAGGAACCCUUGUCCCUCGCAGCACUUAAAGAACCCAUUUCCAUAUCUGCUCUCCAAGAGGCCUUGCCAUUAUCUGCCUUGAAGGAACCCAUUCCUGUUUCUGCAGUUCAGUACCCUACACGCUCAACAGAGUCUCAUGAACGCGACCGAGGACCUCUGCGUCUGACGGUAACCACCACCACAGAAGGCCUACCUCUCGCGCCACAUCCCAUUAUCCAUCCGCAUCCAGAGCGGCCUCUUCCUAGUCUUCCGCUCCUGCCUGAAGCUCACCGACCAGGUGGCCUCCCGCCCGGCUCUCUAGAACCUCCUCGCUUCUCUGUAGCGUCGAGGCUAUCUGUGGACUCACCUCUGCCAUUAGUAUUAUCCCGAUUUACCCCCGGGACAGACCUUGCAUUGCCAGACCACAGGCUUACGGACUCCAGAUUUCCAGACACCCGAGCCCUGAUGUUGCCUUCGCAGACUUUGUCCUAUUCUGCAAGUGCCUCCAACAUGUCGAUCCUGGAAGAAAGCCGAGCUGCUAUUAGCUCACUUCCGCUGGCAGUGACGCACCCGUCUUACUCGGCUCUCCUCUCUCACCAUCGCGACUUCCUGACAUCCUUCUCCUCUCCGGCCUCCAUCACUGCCUCUCUGCUGGCUGCUACCUCUGGCUCGCCACACAUAGUGCCUCCCACAUUCCUCUAUCCCCAUCUGUACGCUUCAGCCGGUCCUACCCAGUUUCAAACGCAGCUGUAUCUAUCCUCAGGAGAAGGCAAAACAUACGAAAUUCUUGGCUCGAGAUCUGGAACCGGAAAUGACUCUUUAACGACUCUGCCAACACCUCCACCACCACCACCGCCGCCGCCACCGCCACCAGCAUCGUCUACCCAGUCGUCUACUGGGCGCAUAGAAAGGCCUGUGCCCAUCUCUCCCUCGGCUCCCUACCUGAAAGCCGACAAGCAGGGCGGCGGUCGCGGCUCCACAGGUCUGGGGCCCAGAGACGCUGACAUGCCCAGCGACGUCCCUCACAGGGAACCCUUAUCGUCCUCGUCUUCAUCCUCGCAUCGUCAUCGGCGACAUUCCCGAUCUCCGCCUCCAGCUUCGGCUUUUACUUCCGUCUCUUCGACACCUUCUUCGUCGCCAUCGUCAACGAGGCACAGGGAGGAAGGUCUCCCCUCUUCCUCCAAAACUAAGUCUUACACUCAAGUUGAACGAAGAGAACACACUGAAACAGUGACCGUUUGGCGGCCAUAUUGAAAUCGUUUUAAGGGUAAACAGUUAACUGUUAUGUCUACAGCCUUCGAAACUGAUGACAAAAUGACAUUGCGAGUAUACACUCUCAUCUGUGACCGUGCACAACGCGUUCUUCUAUACCUUACAUUCCUCUAAAACACUUGACAUUUUGUCAGGUCUUUUGUUUAUCUCAUUUUUGAAAGCUGUGCUUAUAACGAUGGUGCCAUAAACGUCUUCUCACUCAAGUAUGGUGUCUUGUCUCCUGGUGUGAGGUGGUUGUACACUGAAGUAGUGCAUUCCUUUUUUCCAGACUUUUGAAUCGGCAUUCCGUGUAUUAUUAUUUUUGACAGUUACAAUUUACUGUUUAUCACGUGACUUGUAUGGACCACAACAAACUGUUUCGUAUGGUCCGCGAUGCUAGGUUUGCACGACGAAAUGGACUUUAAGCAUCCUUAUCAGAUGUUGAGGAUAGUUUUACAGUUUAUCUUCAGUGUGAAGGUGUAACGUUUGAUUGAAGUACGUCGUUAAUUUUGCAUAUCUAGCUCGCGGCUAACUGCUUGAGUGCUUACACGCGUGCAUGUUUUGUGUGUGUGUAUAUAUAGAUGUUUGUAUGUGUGAGAGAGAGGGAAAGAGACAGACAAGAAAGAUACUAAGCGAGUGCAUGUUUGAUGGUAUGUCUGUGAGAGAGAGCACACGUAUGCGCGCUUGCUUGCAUGAUUGAUGCUCAGAUAAGAACAAAAGAUUGACUUUUUCAUUUUGUUGAGAAGAGUCUGUGCCUUUAUAAUAAGGUUUUCGUGUUAAGUAGUAUGCCACACAUAUUACAUCUCAAAUUCUUUCGUAUUUAUGUUAGGUACGUAGCUGGAAAUGUGUCACACUAGACAAAUAUAAACCCUUCUUGUUACACAUUUUAACAAAAAGAAAGAAAACAGUAACAUCAUUUUCUUCCGUCAAUUUACGUGUCUUUCUAAGGACCGCAUUCCUAAAUGUUUUUUUAGUUUUGGAUGCACGUUCAGUAGGUAAGCAAGAAGAGAUGAAAGUAGAGUUUUAGUACGCUAGUGACAACACCCCCUCCACCCCCC